GGAAUUAACUAGACACAGUGAGACAGAUAACAAAAAAGAGAUAAAAGUGUCUCAGGUAAAUGUUGGAAUCAGCUUAUUGAAUUUCUGCACAGGACAAUUCUUCCACUACAGACCAUAACCUGUUGCCCUGGUUUUCCUGGGAUUUUUUAAAGCCUUCUACUUGUUUAUAAGGUUGAGCCAGUUCUUUAGUUUCUGUACAAUAUUAGGGGUCAGUUUUUCACUUUCUCACACUUCGGAACAUAAACAACCUUUCUUGUUUUUGUUCACUGUCCUUUGCUUACAUAUUUCUAGCCUGAAAAUAAUGUUGGUUGACAGCUGGUCUGGCCAGUGGGGUGAAGGGGUAGUAACCUCAGAAGCCAAUCCGCUAUCAGACCCACAAAAUUAUAAAAUGAAAAUAAAUAAACAGGCUGGGUCUCUUUUCUGGGGAGCAGCUUUUCACUGCAGACCUCUGCCUCCGUGUUGUUGUUUUUGCGUUCCCGUCAACAACUGAUGACCCCGUCUGUGUGAGAAGACGUUUGGUGAGAUCCUUCCUUUCCCUCCGUCCCUGUUGUGCGGUGUUUUUAGGCAAAUUGCUUUGCACUGCACCGGUGCCAGUGUCUACUCCUGUGCUGGUAUGCAGGAGUCCGAGGCGUUGGAGUUUUGGGGGGAUUUGUUGGAGCGGAAACACGCUCGGGUGUCUCGGCAGGAGCUUCACCGUUUGUACGAGUGGGGCAGAGGGCGUGGGUUCUUUCCCACGCCAGAUGAGGCGCUCCGUCCAGAGGCGUGGUCCCUCCUGGGAGAAUGCCUCAUGGAAGUGCUCGAAACGGAAUAUGAUGUGGAAAUAGCACGCCUUUUCGUGCAAUUGAAGCUGUUUGAGGGGGCUGCGUUGAGAUCAGCCUCUCCCAGCUCGCAGAGCUCGCGGGCUGUUUCCCCCAUCCCGCAUGGGGACGGGGGGCUGGAGGAGGGCGGGGUCAUUCUGUCAGACCGGGAACUAUUGUCUGAACCCGAACUUCAGCUCCCCAGGGAGAUAACCCCCACCCCUCCCUCUCCGGUCGCUGCGCCGGGGGGUCUUUCUCCCCCGGGCUCCGGUGUGGGUCUCCGGGGGGCGGGGCGCGCCCCGGGCCCCUCGCAGCUGCUCGGGCAGCAGGGAAGCGGGGCCCCGGCAAGCCCGGGGCCGGUCCCGGCUGUGCCUGCGCCAGGGCGCCGCUGGGGCGGGACGGAGGAGCCCCUCCUCCAUGCCUUUCCGGCGCUGGAGGGGGACGGCGACCCAGGGGCGCGGCCCCCACUGUUCUUUGACCGGGAUUCAGUCACGGUGUGGUGUCCAUGCUGUGGCACGCCCAUUGCGUGCCCGGUGAAGCCGGCUAGAGCGGCGCAGCCCGCUCCAGCGUCCGGGCUGGCCCCGGGGCGUGGUGCGCUGACCACUUCUCCGCCCGCCCCGCCUGUUGAGGGCGCGCGGGGCGUGGACGCCACCGGAGGCGGGGCCCCGGUGGGUUUUUCGCUGGACCCCGCCCCGGCGGGCGGGCGCACAGCCCCGCUCCGCGCAGGGACGGCUGUGCCUGCUGUGGGUGUCCGCCCUGCCGCUGGGACCCUUCUGGGGGCGGUCCCAGGCCCUCCUCUGCCCACGCCAGCCGUGGCAACGGCCGGCUCCGCCGGGUUGCCGGCGGCAGGUGGGACGGCCCCGGCGGCGGCCGAGCUGCUGCUGCCGUCUCCGCCCGAAUCGAUCCCGGGCGGUCAGGCUUUGCCGGGAUGCGUGUGUGCCGCGGAGCCCUUGGAGCGGUCCCCGGCGGCCGGUGCCGCGGCGCUGCAGGCGGGCUCCAGCCCUGCGGGGCCUGGGGCGGGCCCGGUGUCAGCGGCUGGGCCCGCUCCCCCUCCCUUUCCCGCUGCGAGCGCCGCGGCGGCUGCGGACGCCGGGGUGUUUACGUUCAGCGCUAGCGGGACACGGCCGGGAUGCAGCCGGUCUUUGAUAGGAGUAAAGGGCCCCGCACUGUUGGUUCUUCCUCCGCAGCCUGGUGGACACUUCCCCCCUGUCAGGAAGGCUGACUGCUGCUGUUGAAAAGCAGGUGAGCGAUCCUGCGGCUAAGCUCAUGCUUCAGUUGUUUGCUCGAAGCAACUGCAAUGCUGUUUGCAGGAGGAUCAUUGAAGCUCUUCCUGGGGAUCCACCCAUGUCACAGAUGGUUGAGGCCUGUGCGAGG